UACCUUGUGCUGGUGCUGCCAUCGAAAAAUCUGGUUACAGUCUGGGGAGGCCUGCUGCUGCUGCAGGACUGAAUCCCCUCGGCCCUGAGAUGAGUGUCCCAACAGAGCAGGCACACCAUGAAUAGAUACACAACAAUCAAGCAGCUUGGGGAUGGGACCUACGGUUCUGUCCUGCUGGGAAGAAGCAUUGAGUCUGGAGAACUGAUCGCCAUUAAAAAAAUGAAAAGAAAGUUUUACUCCUGGGAAGAAUGCAUGAACCUUCGGGAGGUUAAGUCUUUGAAGAAGCUCAAUCAUGCCAAUAUAGUAAAGUUGAAAGAAGUCAUCAGGGAAAAUGAUCAUCUCUAUUUUAUCUUCGAGUACAUGAAGGAAAACCUUUACCAGCUCAUUAAAGAAAGAAAUAAGUUGUUUCCAGAAUCUGCUAUAAGGAAUAUAAUGUAUCAGAUAUUGCAAGGACUGGCAUUCAUUCAUAAACACGGCUUCUUCCACCGCGACUUAAAGCCCGAGAACCUCCUCUGCAUGGGACCAGAGCUUGUGAAAAUUGCAGACUUUGGAUUGGCCCGAGAAAUCCGAUCAAGACCUCCAUACACAGACUAUGUGUCUACUAGAUGGUACAGGGCUCCAGAAGUACUCCUGAGGUCUACCAACUACAGCUCCCCUAUUGAUGUCUGGGCAGUUGGCUGCAUCAUGGCAGAGGUGUACACCCUCCGGCCUCUUUUCCCUGGGGCCAGCGAAAUUGACACGAUUUUCAAAAUUUGCCAAGUGUUGGGAACACCGAAGAAGACUGACUGGCCUGAAGGCUACCAGCUGUCAAGUGCCAUGAAUUUCCUCUGGCCCCAAUGUAUACCCAAUAACUUAAAGACGCUAAUUCCAAAUGCUAGCAGUGAAGCCAUUCAGCUCCUGAGAGACAUGCUCCAGUGGGAUCCCAAGAAACGACCGACCGCUAGUCAGGCCCUUCGAUAUCCUUACUUCCAGAUUGGACACCCACUGGGCAACAUCACACAGGAUUCAGGAAAACCUCAGAAAGAUGUCCAAGACAAGACAGCCCCACCUCCUUACAUCAAGCCGGCCCCUCCUGCCCAGCCCCCAACCAAGGCACAUACACUGAUUUCUUCUCGACCAAACCAAGCCAGUCAGCCCCCUCAGCAUUUUGUGUACCCCUACAAAGGUGAAGCCUCCAGGGCAGAUCAGCUCAGCCAUCUUCAGGAGGGCAAGCCAAGCCCAACGCUCUUCCCUUCCCUCCAAAAUAAGAACCUGCAGCCAACACAGAAAAUCCUCGCUGGCCUGGAACACAAAAAUGGUGAAAUCAAGCCAAAGAGCCGGAGAAGAUGGGGUCUUAUCUCCAGGUCAACGAAGGGUUCUGACGAUUGGGCCGACUUGGACGACUUAGAUUUCAGUCCCACUCUCUCCAGGAUCGAUGUGAAAAACAAGAAGAGGCAGAGUGACGACCCCCUCUGCAGGUUCGAAAGUGUUUUGGACCUGAAGCCAUCGGAGCCGGUGGGUACAGGAACUAGCGUCUCGACCCAGGCUUCCUCCCAGAGGAGAGACACGCCGACCCAGCGGUCUGCAGCCAAGCAGCUCUACUUGAAGCACUCUCGAUACUUGCCUGGAAUAAAUAUAAGAAAUGGCGUGCUCCCAAAUCCAGGCAAGGACUUCCCUCCAUCAAAUCCAUGGUCCAGUUCUGGUUUGUCUGGAAAAUCUUCAGGAACAGUGUCAGUAGUGAGCAAAAUAACUUCAGAAUGUAGAAACAAACUGUUGCGUGCUCUUGGUCUCAUGGAGUGUGUCUUGGCAGUAAUGAGUCUUCCUUUCCACACCUCAGUUGGCUCAGGCUCUGCGGGUUCCAGCGGACUGACUGGAGGUUACAUCCCUUCUUUCCUGAAGAGAGAGAUCGGUUCUGCUGUGCAGAGGGUACACCUGGCGCCUCUCACCGACCCCUCCCCUGGCUAUUCUUCCCUGAAGGCCAUGAGACCUCACCCGGGGAGGCCUUUCUUUCACACCCAGCCUAGGAGCACUCCUGGGUUGAUUCCACGACCUCCAGCCGCCCAGCCUGUGCACGGCAGGAUAGACUGGUCUUCCAAGUACCCAGCCCGUCGGUGACUGUGUCAGCCAUGAGGCCGGCCUCCCUCCUCGACUCCGUUGCAGAACCACGUGAUGGUGUAAAAGCACCCAAGCUUACAGCUGUUCUGAACUAACACAUUUCAAUAUUUCUUUUAAAAGUUUUUUUUUGAUAUUGAUUUGAAUGCAAUACCCUCUUUUUGUAUAAAAUUAUUUUCUUCUAAAACUGGGUCUCAUUAUUUUCUUAAACAACAGCAUUUUGUAUAUAUGGAUUAUGUUUUAGCAUUUUAUACAGUCAACUUUGUAAUGAACUUUUUAAAGAUUAAGUAAUUUUUGUUUGUUGUUCCACAUAAUAUUUUAUACAGAUUUUGAAAUAUAUAAUAAUAUUGAUGCAGUAUUGUGACAGGGUGCAGUUUAAUGCUGUGCCGUAAGGGAUUAUGUACUCAAUAUAUUCGGAUAUCGUGAAGAGGCUGCAUUUAAAUGUGGCUCAUUUGGUACUUUAGGCUUUCUUGGACUGAUCUGAGGAAAGCGUCCCAUCCACUGCUUUUCUUAACAGCUUGUAUCGGUUGUUCUGGGGGCAGAAAUUGUUUUGUUGUUGUUGUUGUUGUUUUGAAACAGGGUCUUAUGUAGCCCAGGCUGGCCUACCACUCACCAAGUAGCUGAGGAUAGCAUUGAACUUCUGAUCUUCCUGCCUCUGGCUUCCUGAGUGCUGCCAUGCUUGGUUUUAACCCAGGGCUAUUAUUACAUGCCUAACAGCCCUCAUCUACCAUCCUUUAUACUACUGCUCUAUUAGAAACCGUCACUUUAUCUGGACUUGUUUCACUUUAUUUUUGCCCCCAGAACAAAGAAAUUUUGAAAUUUUAUAACACUCAUAAAUACAGUUGCAAACAAUAUCCAGAUAAAAACCAAGCAUAAUCAUACUAAACUAUCACAUUUCUACCUUUUCUUUUUUUUUUUUUUUUUUUGACUGACAGGGUUGCUCUCUACUGGUUAAAAUCCCCACUGGCCUCCAGCUUCAAGUAGUGCACUCCUGGCGGUGAGGAUGAGGGAGGGAUUGAGCAGGGACAGCCAGCUCCCUGCUGGGCAGACACUGAGGGAGAUGGCAGGACCUGUAGUCACCAGGCAUUGUUCAGGUGAGCUUUUCUUGUUCUGGAGGGCCUAUCAGCCAGGAGCACCUACCUACCUACCUACCUACCCACAGCAAUGCCAGCAAGCCUUCUUCCAGCCUUCACCAUCCCCAACUCACCUGCAGCAGACUAAAGAUGCAGAAAACAGUACUUAGCUCAAAACCAGCGGAGCCAUGGAGGCAGGUGGGGAGGUUGCAGCCCCUUGCAGGUGCCCGCACCUACCUCCAUAGAGCCAGAGAGGAGGCUCCCUCCCACCCCUGUGGUCCAUGCUUUUUUCCAUUGUUAAAAACUCUGGGCUGAGAGAUGACUCAGCUGCUCCUGUUCCAAGGGAUCCGAUGCCCUCUUCUGGCCUCUAUAGGCACCUUCAUGCAUGUAGAUACCCAGCCACUGACAUAAACACAUGUAAAAUCUUUAUAAAAUCCAAUUGUUAAAAUCCCUUAAAAGGGAAGCCUUUUUAUGUCAAAGGUACCUUUUUAUUAUAAUUUUUCAUUGUUUUAUUGUAAAAAAAAUUUCCUAACGUAUGUUAAUACAAUCAAUUAAACUUAUAUCCCUGCCAAGAUGAAUGACCAAAAGAGCCUAGUGUCUUUCUAUACAGCCCUGGCUGUUCUGGAACUCACUCUGUAGACCAGGCUGGCCUUGAACUCACAGAGAUCUGCCUGCCUCUGCUUCCUGAGUGCUGGGAUUGAAGGCAUGCACCAACAUGCUCUUUUAUUUUUUAACUGAGAAGGAAUGUUAAAUUCAGCUCAGCUCUCCACAUCUGACCAGGGGCAGCUCAUUAACUAUCCAAGCCAACUUCUCAGGACAACUUUAAGAGUGGGAAAGACUUAGGGGAGAAUUUCAACUUACCUGAGAAGUCACAGUUGCCACGAUGUUAUGUCUAGACUGUGCCACGUCCCCACCCCCACCUCGUGUGGUCUCUUUCAAGGGUGAGACCUCUGUUGGACAGGCUGUUCCUUUGAGAGGAAUGUUUACAGCAGUUUUGCAGAUGACAAAGCUAGUUUGGAGCCAGAACGAUGCAGAGGAUCCCCUUCCUUCCAUCUCUAUAUUGCACAUCUGCCUCCACUCUUGAUUCCCUCCCAUAAGGCAGGGUCACCACCAGUGAGUGCAAUAGCACACCUCAACGGGAUAUUAACUCACGUUCUCCCAGGGCCCAAAUGAUUCUUUUGGUUACAGUUUCCAAAAUACAGCAAAGCAAACCAUACGAAAUGAUCAUUCUUUGUAGGUUGAAAGGGUAAGGUAAAUGCAGACAUUCCCAUAACCCUAAUAAAUUGGUUAACGAUUGCUUUGAUGUAUAAAUAAUGACUUCCAAAGGGCUCUGUCUGUCCUAAAAUCAGAAAAUAAUUGAUGCUUUGGAGAAUCUGACUCAAAACUACACUUGACCGAGCACUUUGAUUCUGAGGGGCAUAGAGAAAGCACACAAUGGACAUGGGUUUGAUAGGGCGUGUUUCCCUGUCAACAAGCUAGCAACAAGACUUGAGAAAAUGUAUAUGCAAGCACAACUUGAGACCAUUUGUUUAUGUAUUAUAUUCUAAACCAACAAAAUAUGUGUUCAGAGCUGAGUCCUCUACUGUGAGGUUAAUAUUUAUUUUCUCUUUUCUGUAUUAUGUAUAAAAGGUAAAUUAAUCUCAGAUCCUGUUCAGCUAGCUGGAAAGUUGGCUUUAAAUUAUAGAUAGCACUUAGAUAUACAAAUAAAUCAUUAGCACCACAUUCUCCGUAAUCUAGCUAGUGUUAACUAAGGCCAUUCUAUUCCUUUUGAUUGACAAAAAACCUGGUUGUAGGAUGUUAUAAACUUGUUUUCCUAAUGCCUUGUGGGCCCUCCCUUCACUUUCCUUCCCUUACUAGCAAACAGCUCCGCUUGAGAAGUUAAACAUACUUGUUGACAUGAAAGAAGCGCUAGGAGCCGAGAAAACUAGAUGACUGAAAAACCAAGUUCUAAAGACCUCGCAAAACCCUCAGAAGUACUUUUCCCUCGUCAAAAUGGGUAAAGGAGGAAAUGUAUACAAGCUGUGUACUGUGGAGGGAAGUAGACCUUUUUAAACAGUGGUAGUCAAACCUGCCUGUUGCAUGCAUAUUUAGCUACUGUAGAAUUAUGAAGUGGAAAACAAAAUACUGACAGGUGUGGUGAGUUAGACUGCACCUAGACUACAUCUAGUUUACAAUCACAAAGCUUUUGGGGGGCUGGAGAGUGGUUCAGAGGUUAAGAGCGCUGGCUGCUCUUCCAGAAGACCCAGGUUCGAUUCCCAGCACAAACAAGGUAGCUGGCAACCUUCUAUAACUCUAGUUUCCAAGAACUCUACCCUCGUUUGGCCUGAGGGCAUCAGGUCAGGCAUGCACAUGGUGCACAGAUAGGAAUGCAGGCAAAGAACCUCUAGAGAUAAAAUUUAAAUUAUAUUGCAUUAAAUUAAAUAAUUUUUAAAUAAAGGGAAUUUAUUAUUUAAAGAAAACAAAAAAAAACAAACAAAGACAAAACCAAAACCAAAAACAGCUUUCUGGCGAGCCAAGAAAUGGUACAGAGUGACUCAUUUGGGGCCUGUUUUGGUGGCAGGGUUUGCCUCACAGAGACAAGGGAAACCGCAUUCUUGUAAAAGCUGUUGUUAAUAAUAUUUGCUUUACAAUAAUCCCAUCAGUUACCAAGUGUAGAAAACUGAUCCUAAAACAAUGUUUCAGACAUAGGGCUUGCCUAAGGACACCUACCUACUUCUAAAAAAGUGUGACACUGUCAUGUUCUGGAAAUAUCGAGACCUGAAUAUACGAAAGCAAAGUGUGUCAAAGAAAGAAAGACUUUCACUUUCAAUGCCCAUGUAAGUACUGCUGGAGUCCAUGGCACCGUAUUUUCCUAUGAAGUCACAUUUCCAUAACAUCAAGCCAUUGCCUUGUGCCAUUGGGGUGUGUGUGUGUGUGUGUGUGUGUGUAUGUGUGUGACACAAAUGCUCUCAACUUACUGUGUGACCAGAAGCAAUAUGUUUAUAAGAAAACAUUUGACGUACUCAUUGUUUUAUGUUUUAAGCAUACUGUCGCGAUGGGUUUAAUAUAUGUGCAUAGGUAUUUUUUAGAAUUGUUUUUACAAUUUCCAACCAAAUGUACUGUAAUGUUCGUAUAAUUUAUUAUGAUGACCUGCUCAUGUAAAUUAUAAAAACAAAAUAGGGGCACAUGUCAUCUUAUUUGCUAUUGGUUUUUCCUUAAACAUUGAUAAUGUGACUUGAACACCACCCGGAUGAAGCCUCUGAUCUCCCAUAUUCUCAGUACAGAAUGCAGGUUAGUUCUACCGAUUUGGUUAUAAAGUGAUCUUCCCUUACCUAGAAGGCAAAGAACAGGAAAAAAGAGACCCUUCUGAAACAAAAUGUUACUUUUUGAAUGAUUUAUCCGAAGAUGUUUAAUGGUGUUAACAUUAUAUAUGGAAACUUCUGCUCCAAAUAAAGUUACAAUUUAAGAAAA